UCUAAAAUAUAAUUUAAAAGAGAAAAAAUAGUCCGAUCGCUAAUUCCUUAUAAAUAUCAUAGCCAAAAUGGAAAUUUAGCAAUCGCCAGCAGCAGAUUGAGUGAAACAGAAAUGGAAGACAACAGCACAAUUACCGAUACUGAAAAACUCCGGUCUCAGUUCCUUCAACUACUUCGUACCAGACGAGAUGCUCAAGUUCCUUUGACUGUGGAACUUGCAAAACCUGUGGUUAACCCUUUAUAUCAAGUUCCUCCCCCAACUUUCAGUGAGGAAAUGGAGUCUUGCCCAAAGGCCAACUUUGGAAACCUCAAGGAACUGCUUAAAGAGGAAAAUCUUUAUCUCCAUACUGAGGCAGGAGAGCAAGGAAAAUUGCCCCUGUUAAUUUUAAGUAUGAAAGAAAGCAAUCAAGAAAAGAGGCCUGCUGUUGUUUUUCUGCACAGUACACAUAAGUGCAAAGAGUGGUUACGCCCAUUGCUUGAAGCUUAUGCUUCACGGGGAUAUGUUGCCAUUGGUGUUGAUUCCCGAUACCAUGGUGAACGUGCCAGCGGUCUAACCACUUAUAAAGAUGCUCUGGUAUCAUCGUGGAAAAAUGGGGAUACAAUGCCAUUCAUAUUUGAUACGGUAUGGGACUUGAUAAAACUUGCAGAUUAUUUAACAGAGAGAGAGGAUAUAGAUCCUAAUAAGAUUGGAAUUACUGGUGAAUCACUUGGAGGAAUGCAUGCAUGGUUUGCUGCUUUUGCUGACACCCGCUAUGCAGUGGCAGCCCCCAUAAUUGGUGUUCAGGGAUUUCGGUGGGCAAUAGACAAUGACAAGUGGCAGGCUCGAGUUAACAGUAUAAAGGCUGUAUUUGAAGAAGCAAGGAAUGAUUUAGGCAAGAAUGAAAUUGAUAAAGAAGUGGUGGAGAAGGUUUGGGAUAGGAUUGCUCCUGGUCUAGCCUGCCAGUUCGAUGCACCUAACACAAUCCCAGCAAUUGCACCACGGCCCUUGCUGAUUGCAAAUGGAGCUAAAGAUGAUCGUUGCCCCUUUGAUGGCCUAGAAAUUGCAAAGACAAGGGCAUGCAAGGCUUAUGAAGAGGCGCAUUGUUCAGAUAAGUUUAAGCUCAUUGCACAACCUGGAAUAUGGCACCAAAUGACCCCAUUAAUGGUGAAAGAAACGAGUGAUUGGUUUGAUCGGUUCCUCAAGUAAUAAUUUCAUCCAUUUAAGGUUUCUGUGUUUGUUGUUUGUAGAUGGAAGUGUGUUUUGUAAUCAGUAUGCUACAUUUUGAUUGAUGUGAUGAACUCUGAGAUAAAAUCUCCUUAAAUGUAGUUCUAAUUCGUAAUAAGAAAGUAAUUCCAUUUU